GGGGAUGGGGGGGCACCGGCGAGUCCCUGUCGCAGUGACAGUAUGAAGAGUAUGAUGUCAGGUGGCGGAGGCCUGAUGUCAGGGGGCACCAGCAUGGUGAUGUCUGGGGGCAAGGCCGGGAGGUGGCAGACUGUCCAGGGACACAUGCAGUCAGGAGGACUCAAACCCAGCAGUCUGGGUGACUCCCUGGGGGCUCUGUCCUCUGCUUCCACCCUGGAUGCCCUCCCCUCCACUGGGCCUCUGGCACGGCCACGCACCCUGCUGCGCCAGCAGAGUCUCCAGCAGCCCCUCGUCCAGCCGCCCGCUCCGAGCCUCACCCACCUCCCACCCACCUCCCAGAGCCUUGGUCAACUACACCAGGUGCCCCCUCUCGGGCAUGGCCUACCCGGAGGAGGUGGGGUAGGCGGAGGGGUCGGAGGCUCCAGGGGGGCGAGAGGAAGCCCUGCGGGGUCAGGCGCCUCACGGUGCAGAGGAGGGGGAGGAGCAGGAGGAGGAGCAAGAGGAGGAGCAAGAGUCGGAGCGGGAGGCCGUGGAAACCCGGGGUCGUGGGACCACAUGAUGGGCCAGUUGAAGAACAGAGGCCUUGAUGCUAAGUCUUUCCUCGAAGGGAAGAUGGUGGUUCUGUCUCUGGCCAUUGGUUUGGCUGAGCAAGAUGACUUUGCCAAUAUCCCUGAUCCAAUAAACUCCAUGCAGGAAGCUCCACCAGCCAAUCAGGAAGCACUUCCUGCUCCUCCUCCUGACAAGAGGGGUGUGGGGAACAAGGCAGGCAACAGUCCCAAAGGUCAUCCCCCUGACAGCCACUCCUCUGUCACUGACCUGGCCAACUCACUCACCGGAGACAUGGUCAUGCUGUCCCCGGGCUCUGAGGAUGAUGAUGGUGAAGGAACCAUCAGUGAGAAGCUGGGCCGGAUCCAGUUCUCUGUUGGCUACAGCUUCCAGGACUCCACCCUGACUGUCAAAAUCCUCAAGGGCCAGGAUCUCCCGGCCAAAGACUUCUCCGGGACCUCCGACCCCUUCGUCAAGCUCUACCUGCUGCCAGACAAAAAGCAUAAGCUGGAGACCAAGGUGAAGCGCAAGAACCUAAACCCCCACUGGAACGAGACCUUCCUGUUCGAGGGUUUCCCAUAUGAGAAGGUGCGAGAAAGGACUCUCUACCUGCAGGUGUUAGACUUUGACCGGUUUAGUCGUAAUGACCCCAUUGGAGAGGUGUCCAUCCCCCUCAACAAGCUCAGUGACCUGGGUCAUAUGCAGACCUUCUGGAAGGAACUCAAGCCCUGCAUGGACGGAGCUGGGAGGCGUGGGGAUCUGCUGGUGUCUCUGUGCUAUAACCCUACAGCCAACACCAUCACUGUGAACAUCAUCAAGGCACGCAAUCUCAAAGCCAUGGACAUAGGAGGAACAUCGGAUCCCUAUGUGAAGUUGUGGCUGAUGCACAAAGACAAACGUGUUGAAAAGAAGAAGACAGUGACCAUAAAGAGCUGCCUCAACCCCGUCUUCAAUGAGUCUUUCCCCUUCGAGGUUCCAGCCCAUGUUCUUCGGGAGACCACCAUCAUCAUCACCGUCAUGGACAAGGACCGGCUCAGUCGCAAUGAUGUUAUUGGCAAGAUUUACCUAUCAUGGAAGAGUGGCCCAGCGGAGGUGAAACACUGGAAAGACAUGAUGGGCCGGCCGCGUACAAAUGUGGCCCAAUGGCACGCCCUCAAGGCCUGAUCGCCCUGCCCACCCCUUUUCCCGGCCCUGCCCCUCCCCGAGUUUCAACAUCAAGCUCCUCCCCCUACCUUUAAGGUCCGCCCCCUGUUCUUAUGCACAAGACUGAUAGCUGCCAGGCUGCGAAACACGGGUACAAUUAGCCAUCUGCUCUCUUUACCUUUAAUCUCCUCUCUUCUCUCUGUCUCUCUCUAAUAUCUGUUCUAUGCUGUUAACGUUCUUCUCUUGGUUUUGGCUUUUUUUUUCUA